UCCUCUCCUUCCGGACGUGCACUGACAGUCGAGUGUCUGGAUGCACAGCGACACAUCCACCUUGGAGUUAACCACCUGCUCUGCACCAGAGGGAAUAUAUUUCUCUUUUUUUGGGUGGGAUACUGCAGGACAGUAUACGACGCUCGAGUCCAGGACCCUGAUCAGCUUCCAAGAUGUCAUCUCGAAACUCCUAUAGAGAUGAUGCCGAACGCUACCUUUUUGUCAACCAAAACCCUGUGAGCAUCACCGCCACGCAGGCGGACUGGACAGCCAAGAAGCAGGUUUGGGUCCCCUCCGAGAAGCAUGGCUUUGAAGCGGCCAGCAUCAAAGAAGAACGGGGCGACGAGGUGGUGGUGGAACUGGCAGAGAACGGCAAAAGGGUAGUGAUCAACAAGGAUGACAUCCAGAAGAUGAACCCACCCAAGUUUACCAAGGUGGAGGACAUGGCAGAGUUGACCUGUCUAAACGAGGCGUCUGUCCUGCACAACCUGAAGGAUCGCUACUACUCGGGACUCAUCUAUACGUAUUCCGGUCUCUUCUGCGUUGUGAUUAACCCAUACAAGAACUUGCCCAUCUACACAGAACAGAUAGUGGAGAUGUACCGCGGAAAGAAACGACAUGAAAUGCCUCCACACAUAUACGCAAUAUCAGAAACCGCCUACCGCAGCAUGCUUCAAGAUCGGGAGGAUCAGUCCAUUCUUUGCACUGGAGAAUCUGGGGCUGGAAAGACAGAGAACACAAAGAAAGUCAUCCAGUACUUGGCUCACGUGGCCUCUUCUCACAAGGGCCGUAAAGAGCACACAGCUCCGAACUCCAAUACUAUGUCAUAUGGAGAGCUCGAGCACCAGCUUCUGCAAGCUAACCCCAUAUUAGAAGCUUUCGGCAACGCCAAGACGGUGAAAAACGACAACUCUUCACGAUUUGGUAAAUUUAUCAGAAUUAAUUUCGACGUCGCCGGAUACAUCGUUGGAGCCAACAUUGAAACCUAUUUACUGGAAAAAUCCAGAGCAGUCCGCCAGGCUAAGGACGAACGGACCUUCCAUGUUUUUUAUCAGCUUUUAGCUGGAGCAGGAGAGCACGUCAAAACUGACUUGUUACUGGAGGGCUUCGGUCAGUACCGCUUUCUGUCCAAUGGAAGCAUUACCAUUCCCGGGCAGCAGGACAAGGAGAUCUUCCAGGAGACCAUGGAGUCCAUGAAAAUCAUGGGAAUUAAUCACGAAGAAAUCAUGUCUAUGCUGAAGAUGGCGUCUGCAGUCCUCCAGUUUGGCAACAUCGUUUUCCGAAAGGAGAGGAACACAGACCAAGCUUCCAUGCCGGAUAACACAGCUGCCCAGAAACUGUGUCACCUACUGGGCCUCAACGUGACUGAAUUUACCCGUGCCAUCUUGAUGCCAAAGAUUAAAGUGGGGCGCGAUUACGUCCAGAAGGCGCAAACUAAGGAGCAGGCGGAUUUUGCCGUGGAAGCGCUCGCCAAAGCGUUGUAUGAGCGGCUCUUCCGCUGGCUGGUUCAUCGCCUUAACCGAGCUCUGGAUAGGACAAAGAGACAAGGCGCCUCCUUCAUAGGGAUUCUGGACAUCGCCGGUUUUGAAAUCUUUGAGCUGAACUCCUUCGAACAGCUCUGUAUUAAUUACACCAACGAGAAACUGCAGCAGCUCUUCAACCACACCAUGUUCAUCCUGGAGCAAGAAGAAUACCAACGCGAAGGCAUCGAGUGGAACUUCAUUGACUUUGGCCUGGACCUGCAGCCUUGUAUUGAUCUGAUCGAGAGGCCGGCAAAUCCUCCAGGUGUCCUGUCCCUGCUGGAUGAAGAGUGCUGGUUUCCAAAGGCCACAGAUAAAAGUUUUGUAGAAAAGGUCAUCCAAGAACUUGGCACCCAUCCAAAAUUCCAGAAACCAAGGCAUCUCAGAGACAAGGCUGACCUAUGCAUCAUCCAUUAUGCUGGCAAGGUGGAUUACAAAGCCGAUGAAUGGCUGAUGAAGAACAUGGAUCCUCUGAAUGACAACGUGGCUACUCUCCUUCAUCAGAGUACAGACAAAUUCACAGCAGAGCUUUGGAAAGAUGUUGACAGAAUUGUUGGGCUGGACCAGAUGACUGGGAUGGGCGAGAUGUCAUUUGGAUCUACAUACAAGACCAAGAAGGGAAUGUUCCGUACGGUCGGACAACUUUAUAAGGAAUCUCUGGCCAAGCUCAUGUCUACGCUGAGGAACACCAAUCCAAACUUUGUCCGCUGCAUAAUCCCCAACCAUGAAAAGAAGGCUGGAAAACUGGAGCCUCAACUAGUGCUUGACCAGUUACGUUGUAAUGGAGUCCUGGAAGGGAUCCGAAUCUGCAGACAGGGCUUCCCAAACAGAAUAAUCUUCCAGGAGUUCAGACAGAGAUAUGAGAUCCUGACACCAAACGCUAUCCCCAAAGGAUUCAUGGAUGGCAAACAAGCCUGUGCAAUAAUGAUCAAGGCUCUAGAGCUGGACCCCAAUCUAUUCCGCAUAGGACAGAGCAAAAUCUUCUUCCGAGCCGGAGUGUUAGCUCACCUGGAAGAAGAGCGAGAUCUGAAAAUCACAGAUAUAAUCGUUCUCUUCCAAGCGGCGUGCAGAGGGUACCUGGCCAGGAAAGCUUUCAAUAGGAGGCAGCAGCAGAUGAGCGCACUGAAGGUGGUGCAGAGGAAUUGUGCUGCGUACCUCAAGCUGAGACACUGGCAGUGGUGGCGACUCUUUACCAAGGUGAAGCCCUUACUACAGGUGACUCGACAGGAUGAAGUCAUGCAGGCCAAGGUGGUAGAGCUUCAGAAGGUCAAAGAUAUCCAACUGAAAGCAGAGAUGGACCUGAAGGACAUGGGAAGCAAAUAUCAGCAGAUGAUAGAAGAAAAGAACAUUUUGGCUGAACAGCUUCAAGCAGAGACCGAACUUUUUGCCGAAGCGGAGGAAAUGCGCGCCAGACUGGCAGCGAAGAAGCAGGAGCUGGAGGAAAUCCUGCAUGAUUUGGAGUCCCGCGUGGAAGAAGAGGAGGAACGUAACUUACAAUUACAGAACGACAAGAAGAAGAUGCAUCAGCAUGUGCAGGAUCUGGAGGAGCAGCUGGAGGAGGAGGAGGCUGCUCGGCAGAAACUGCAGCUGGAGAAAGUGACGACAGAGUCGAAAUUAAAGAAGAUGGAAGAAGACGUUCUCCUACUGGAAGAUCAAAAUGCCAAACUCAGUAAGGAAAGGAAGUUGUUGGAAGAUAGAAUUAACGACUUUACAUCAAACAUGGCUGAAGAAGAAGAGAAGAUAAAGAGUCUGAGCAAACUUCGCACCAAGUACGAAGCCGUCAUUGCAGAUAUGGAAGAUCGUCUCAAGAAAGAGGAAAAGGGCCGACAAGAGAUGGAGAAAAUGAAAAGGAAGUUGGAUGGAGAGACCUCAGAUUUACAGGAUCAGAUCUUAGAGCUUCAGCAGCAGAUUGAGGAACUGAAGCAACAACUGGCCCGUAAGGAAGAAGAGCUGCAGGCGGCACUUGCUAGGAUUGAAGAAGAAGCAAGCCAAAAGAAUAGUUUACUGAAACAGCUUCGGGAGCUCCAGUCUCAUAUCUCAGAAUUACAAGAAGACAUGGAAUCUGAAAAGGCCUCUCGGGCAAAAGCAGAGAAGCAGCGCCGGGACCUUGGAGAAGAGCUGGAGGCAUUGAAGUCCGAACUUGAAGACACUCUAGAUUCUACUGCCACACAGCAAGAACUUAGGGCAAAACGUGAGCAGGAGGUGACUGAUCUUAAGAAGAACAUUGAAGAAGAAGCAAAAGUCCACGAGUCUCAGAUCGUUGAAAUGCGACAGCGCCACACACAGGCUCUGGAGGAUCUCUCCGAACAGCUUGAACAGUCACGGAGGUUUAAAGUGAAUCUGGAGAAAGUGAAACAGUCACUAGAAAGCGAGAACGCCGAUCUAGUGAAGGAAGUCAAAAAUCUUCAUGGCACAAAACAAGAAUCGGAGCAGAAGCGAAAGAAAUUAGAAGCGCAGGUGUCUGAGCUCCAGGUUCGAGUCGGUGACAGCGAGAAGGCAAAGGCGGAAUUGGCAGAAAGGCUACAGAAACUCCAGGCUGAACUGGAUGGUGUGUCAGGAUCGUUGGGAUCCACAGAAAGCAAGUCCAUCAAACUAACCAAAGAUUUGUCUACAGUGCAAUCACAUCUGCAGGAUACCCAGGAAUUAUUGCAAGAAGAGACAAGACAGAAGCUAAACUUUAGUUCUAGAGUAAAACAUUUGGAAGAUGAGAAAAAUAACCUGCUGGAGAACCUCGAGGAAGAAGAGGCGGCCAAGAAUCAGCUCGCCCGUCAGCUUCAGGCACUACAACAACAGCUCAUCGAUUCUAAGAAGAAGAUGGAGGAGCAUGGAGGUGCAGUGGAGAGCUUGGAAGACACCAGAAAGAGAAUGGCUAAGGAUCUAGAGCUUAUGCAGCAACGCAUGGAGGAGAAGCAUCAAACCAAUGACAAGCUGGAGAAGUCCAAGAACCGUCUGCAACAAGAACUGGAUGACCUUAUGGUGGAUCUGGAUCACCAGCGGCAAACUGUUUCAAGUCUGGAAAAGAAACAGAAGAAGUUUGACCAGAUGUUGGCAGAAGAGAAGCACAUAUCAUCACGCUAUGCCGAGGAGAGAGAUAGGGCAGAGGCAGAGGCUCGGGAGAAGGAAACAAGGGCUCUGUCCCUAAGUCGAGCACUUGAAGAAGCUCUUGAUCUAAAGGAUGAACUUGACAGACAGAACAAGUUGCUGCGGGCAGAAAUGGAUGACCUUGUCAGUUCCAAGGAUGAUGUUGGCAAGAACGUUCACGAAUUGGAAAGGGGGAAAAGAGCACUGGAGCAGCAAGUCCAGGAAAUGAAGACACAGAUGGAAGAACUAGAGGAUGAACUUCAGGCCAUUGAAGAUGGAAAACUCCGUCUGGAGGUCAACAUGCAGGCCAUGAAAGCACAGUUUGACAGGGAUCUCCAAAACCGUGAUGACUCAAAUGAUGAAAAGAAGAAACUCUUGAUCAAGCAGGUGCGGGAUCUAGAGGUGGAGCUGGAUGAAGAACGCAAGCAGAAGGCUCAAAUUCUAGCCGGCAAGAAAAAAUUGGAGAUGGACCUUCAGGACAUGGAAAGUCAAAUUGAUGCCGCUAACAAGGGACGAGAAGAAGCAGUUAAACAGAUGAAGAAACUACAGCUCCAGUUGAAAGAGGUUUGGCGUGAAGUGGAGGAGACUCGGUCAUCUCGAGAGGAAAUGUUCAUCCAGUCUAAAGAGAAUGAGAAGAGACUGAAGAGUCUGGAAGCAGAACUUCUCCAGCUACAAGAGGACUUGGCAGCUGCGGAAAGGGCAAAGAGACAAGCUCAACAGGAACGAGACGAUCUGGCAGAUGAACUGUCUAAUGGUGUCAGUGGCAAAUCCGCCCUGUUGGACGAGAAGCGCGCCUUGGAGGCCAGGAUUGCUCAGCUGGAGGAGGAGUUGGAUGAGGAGCAGAGUAAUAUGGAGCUCCUCAAUGAUAGAUACAGGAAGUAUACGUUACAGGUGGAGACAAUGACCACUGAGCUUGCGGCAGAGAGGAGCUUCUCCCAGAAGGCAGAGAACGCCCGUCAGCAAAUGGAGAGGCAGAACAAGGAACUGAAAGCGAAGCUGAAUGAGAUGGAUUCUUCUGUCAGGGCCAAAUACAAGAUUACUAUUGCAUCCCUGGAGUCUAAGAUUGCUCAGCUGGAGGAGCAAAUGGAGCAAGAAUCAAAGGAGCGUGUCCUGGCUAACAAACUGGUGCGACGCGCUGAGAAGAGGCUGAAGGAGGUCCUCUUACAAGUCGAGGAGGAGAGAAGGAAUGCCGAUCAGUUCAAGGAUCAGCUGGAGAAAGCGCAUAUCCGUAUGAAGCAGCUGAAACGCCAGCUGGAAGAAUCUGAAGAAGAGUCCUCAAGAGCCAACUCCAACCGCCGGCGACUGCAGAGGGAACUGGAAGACGUGACGGAGUCCGCAGAGUCCAUGAACCGAGAGGUGACCACGCUGAGGAGCCGGUUAAGGAGGGCCCCAGUUCAGUUCACCACCCGAACCAUUCGUCAAGUUUACCACCUCGAAGCCGUUUCCGAUGAGGAACCAGAAGCAAAUAGCGGAGAACCAUCAACCAACCAUCAGCAGCCGCAGCAACACCCUCAGCCCGAGUGAUGCCCUGACGUAGAGGAACGGCGGUGGGAGGGGGGUUUCUACCUCUACCC